AUGGCGAACACAAAGGUGGAAGCAGUGGAUUUUGAGCCUGAGGAUGACGAUCUCAUGGACGAGGACGGUGCGGUGGACGUCGAUGCUUCGCCUAAGGUGGAAGCAGUGGAUUUUGAGCCUGAGGAUGACGAUCUCAUGGACAAGGACGGUGUGGUGGACGUCGAUGCUUCGCCUAAGGCUCCUAUCCCAAAGCUCAAGUUCGUUAUCACCGGCGGUUCUUCCUUCGCCCCUAAAAAAAUCAAAGGCCGAGGAUUUCGCGAAGCUGUUGCUGAUUUUGACCGCAACGCCUGCAUGUCCGGCCGAUUCGAUUCUCUCUACUCGGAUGGAGGGCCUGGCUCCAAACGAUUUCUAGGCUAUGUUGAUUGA